AUGCCUCUCGCAUCUAAAGUCACCAUCAUGGCUUACAUCGGUACCUACUACGCUCUCGGCUGCUCGUGGGCUCUCACCAUGCUCAAUUACUUCUUGAUUGGUUUCUUCAACGGAUGGCUAGACCAUUACUACAUCAACUCCUUCCGCGUCUACUUUGCCAUCAUCAUCGUCUUCAGUGUCCUCGGUAACAUCGCUCUCGCCGUCCUCCGCUACCGCAUCGGCGAGGGUUCCUUUUUCGGCGGCCUCUGGACAAACAUCAAAUGGAUCCCUCUCCUCAGCAUCUUCCUCGGCGGCAUCUCUCUACACGUCUCGCAAGCUCUCCUCGCGCAUUUCGUCAGCUGGCCUCUUGAGUGGGGUUCCACUUCCAAGGAAACCGAACAAGUCAGUUUCUUCGUCGCCAUCAGCAGGGUGCUGAGGAAGUUCAAGUGGAGCUUCAUGUUCUGCAUUGGCAUGACUGCGAUCAUGAUUACCAUGGCUUUUGCUCUACAAGAGGAUUGGAGGAUCAAGGAGCUCAUUGCCGUUUGGCCUAUGGGCACCGUGGUCGUCUUCCACUUUUUGUUGCCAAUUGUGCUCAACCCCCAGUUGAUGACUUUUACCUGGUAA